UCAUAUGCAAUGGCAAAUGUAAGGCCAUAUGAGCAUUUCAUUUCUUCCCCAGCUUAUAAAAAUUCUCUCUCUCAUUCCUAAGUAUUUCUCACCUUCCCACAAAGAUAAUGGAAGAGAUAAGACUUUAUCUUCUAUGGUCAGCAUUCUUCAUAGCUCUCACCAUACUUUUUCUAAGACGUCGAUCAUCGAAGGAUUUACCACUUCCGCCAGGGCCAAGGCCGCUCCCGGUGUUGGGCAACCUACUCGAGCUCGGCCAAAAUCCCCACCGCUCCUUAGCCCGUCUUGCCCGAAUUCAUGGACCAGUCAUGUCUCUCAAAAUCGGCAGCAUCCACACAAUCGUCAUCUCCUCGCCAAGCUCUGCAAAAGAAGUCCUUAAAACAAAAGAGCACUUCAUCUCCGGCCGACAAGUCCCCGAUGUUAUCCAAUCCCUCCGCCACCAUGAGUUCUCGAUGGUAUGGUCGUCUCAAAACCAAUCAUGGAGGUAUCUCCGCACUCUUGUCAAGACCCAUCUUUUCAACACACAAUCUCUCGAUGCAACCCAACCGCUUCGCCGGCGAAAGAUUCAUGAACUUGUGGCAUAUAUAAGGGGGAAGAAUGGCGAGGCCGUGCACAUUGGGCUGGCGGCGUUCUCCACUGUGCUCAAUCUAAUAUCAACCACGUUCUUAUCUAUUGAUAUGAUAGAUUUAAAAUAUGAAUCCGCACAAGAGUUAAAGGAUUUGAUCUGGGGGUUAAUGGAAGAGGCCGGAAAACCGAACCUCUCCGACUUCUUCCCUUUCUUGGCUCCAAUGGAUCUUCAAGGCCGAAGGCGCCGCUCUGCGGUUUACUAUAAUAAGUUAUAUGAUUUUUUGGAUAAAAUGGUAGAAAAUCGAUUGACAACCACGGCCGAAGAAGGUAGAAGAACUAAUCCCGAUAUUUUGGAUGUGCUUCUUCAACUAAGUCAAGAAGAUAACUCCAAGCUUAGCAGACGAAUUAUAAAAUGCUUGCUUUUGGUAAUUAAUCAUAUUAUUUGAUUAUUUUGCUUUCGUUAGAGCAUCUUCAAUGGAACGUCAUAUAUUUGUUUGCAGUUCUUCGGUCGUCACAACCGAUAGUCUUUUUUGUCGCUAUUUCAUCAUGGGUGAACAAUUUGAUUUUAAUAUUGACGUCAUACUGUUCACGGGCUA